UUCUGAAUAUUUUUCGGUAUUCUUAAAGAGUAACCAUAUAUUACGAGUAUCCAACACACAGCGAGGCAUUAAACUUGUUUUUCUUGCCCCUCUCUUAACAAUUGAAUGGUUUGGUGUACUGAAGAAAACUGAGAAUAGUUUCCCAACCCUAUUUUCUAACCAGUGAACGAGGUCCGUCUGUUAGACGCAUGCGUCGAACAGAUUGGUUCGUUAUUCUACAACAUAAGACGGCAGAGUGCAUUGAGAGACGAUAGAAGCCGAAUAUGACGCUGUAGUGCGAAAGGUAUUGUUUUAUUUUCUAUCUUCUUUAACCAUACAAAACAGUUUUUAAAAAUUUAAUUCGUGCUUUUUCUAAAAGAACUAUACAAAGAGAACGUUUUACAAUCUUUUUAUGACUGUUUCUUGUACUAAAAAAAAGAAGAAGAAGAGGAAAAAAAUUUUUUCUGAUGUUUUUUUAAUGAGGUGUGUGUAUGUAUAUAUAUAUAUAUAUAUAUAUGUAUAACACACGUAUAUAUAUGUAUGUGUAUAUAAUUGGUAAUAAGUGUUAAUUAUGGUGGAACGUUCUGGUGACUGUAUACGACAUAAAAGUAGAAGGAAACUAAACAGCUGAAAUUCGAUGAUGAUAGUCCAGACGCAUUUCAUUCUGGAAUUGAUGGUUGUGGUGAAGAUGUACCAAUUGGUCACAUCGGAUCUACAUCGUUUGAGUUCGCGUGUGGUGACCACUAAAUACGGUGCUCUCCGAGGUUCCAUUGGAACGCUUUCGAAUCAUAAAUUACAAUCUGUCGAAGUAUUUUUGGGAGUUCCGUAUGCUAGUGCACCUGUGGGCUCAUUACGGUUUAUGCCACCGGUUACUCCACCCCAUUGGAAAGGUGUCAAGAAUGCGGACCAGUUCGGUUCCGUCUGUCCUCAACGUCUUCCGGAUAUUACUAAUGAAACGGAAGCUCUACGUAAGAUGCCUUCCGGUCGUCUACAGUAUCUUCGCAGACUUCUACCUUAUCUUGUCAACCAGAGUGAAGAUUGUCUCUAUCUCAACAUUUAUGCUCCAGCAGUAGUGGGACGAGAACCUAUUAGAUUACCUGUUAUGGUGUAUAUCCAUGGUGAAUCCUACGAAUGGAAUUCUGGAAAUCCUUACGAUGGUAGUGUUCUAGCUAGUUUUGGUUCUGUUGUGGUUGUAACCAUAAACUACAGAUUGGGUGUUCUAGGUUUUCUUCCCGCUCUAGAUGGAUCAUCUCGAGGCAAUUAUGGUCUUAUGGAUCAAGUUGCAGCUCUUCACUGGAUCCAAGAAAAUAUCGGAGAAUUCGGUGGAGAUGCCAAUAACGUUACGAUAUUUGGACAGGGUUAUGGUGCAGCUUGUGUGAAUUUACUUAUGAUAUCACCAAUGGCUAAGGGUCUAUUCCAAAGAGCUAUUAUGCAGAGCGGUUCUGCAUUGAGUCCUUGGGCAAUAGCCAAAGAGCCUUUACUUUACACUCAUCGAUUAGCCGAACAGUUACAUUGCCCCACUCACGAGAAACUUGCAUUGUUGGAUUGUCUAAGACACCGUUCGGUAUCCGACAUCAUGAAAGUAUCUUUGGCCAUUCCAGAUUAUCUAACAGCAUUCGGUCCAACAGUCGACGGUGUAGUCAUACCCAACGAACCUUUAUUAAUUAUGGAAGAUGCCAAGAGUUUGUUUGCUAAUUACGAUCUCCUACUGGGUGUUAAUAGAGUCGAAGCUUAUUUCCAAUUUUCCUCCAAAGAAGCCAAAAAUGGCAUUGAAAGUAAUCGACGUGAUCGCAUGCUAAGAACUUUGGUACGCAACGUUUUCAGUUAUCAUCUACAGCAAACUUUUCUAACAAUCGUAAACGAAUAUACAGAUUGGACUCGAUCGGUUCCACAUCCAAUUAGUACAUUAGAAGCCACGGCUGAUGCAUUGGGUGAUGCAUUAAUCGUGGCACCAGUCAUAAAAGUCGGUAAUCUUCAUUCAUUUAUAACUACGCCAACGUAUUUAUAUGUAUUCAAUUACAAGACGGAAGAAGGUGAUUAUCGUUAUGGAUUCGGAUGUAUUCAUGGUGAAGAACUGCCUUACGUCUUUGGUUCUCCAUUAAUCGGUACUAUGACUCAUUUUCCACAAAAUUAUACCGAGAACGAAGUUAGUUUAUCAGAAACAAUUAUGUCAUAUUGGCUUAAUUUUGCUAAGUAUGGAGAUCCAAAUUAUUUCUCACUAGAAGAUGAUUCAAUUGAUGAAAGAGAGAAAGUAAGAUCUGAAAAAUUAACUUGGCCCAUGUACAAUUCUGUACACCAACAGUAUUUAUAUAUUGGUCCGAAACCUAAAAUUCGUGACCAUUAUCAUGCUCAUCGUCUUUCAUUUUGGCUUAAUUUGAUUCCAAAACUUCAUGAUCCGCCGGAUGCUGAUGUUCCUUUAGAGCAUCAUUUACUGGAAGACCACCAUAACCUAGACAUGUACGAUGGCGAAGUACGUCAGAUCAUUAGAAAAGUUUCUUUAUCAUCGACAAUUUCCCCCUCUGUAGAUACUGUAUCCCACACUAGUUCUCCAGGGCUCGGAAACAACAGUGGAGAAAUGGAACUGAGUACGUCAACAACAUCAUUGUCUAACAACCAAGAUAAGCAUGCAACCAUCACUUCGUCUACCAACUUGACUGAUUCUUUAUCCGUGAUGAUGCAGCAAGGAGCUUAUUCGACUGCCCUCAGUGUCACUAUUGCCAUAGGAUGUUCCCUUUUGGUGCUCAAUGUACUCAUCUUCGCAGGGGUUUACUACCAGAGGGAUAAAAACAAACUCGAUACAAAUAUGUGGAAAAGAAAUUAUCAGAUAAUUAUCUUUACAGGUCCGAAACCUAAAAUUCGUGACCAUUAUCAUGCUCAUCGUCUUUCAUUUUGGCUUAAUUUGAUUCCAAAACUUCAUGAUCCGCCGGAUGCUGAUGUUCCUUUAGAGCAUCAUUUACUGGAAGACCACCAUAACCUAGACAUGUACGAUGGCGAAGUACGUCAGAUCAUUAGAAAAGUUUCUUUAUCAUCGACAAUUUCCCCCUCUGUAGAUACUGUAUCCCACACUAGUUCUCCAGGGCUCGGAAACAACAGUGGAGAAAUGGAACUGAGUACGUCAACAACAUCAUUGUCUAACAACCAAGAUAAGCAUGCAACCAUCACUUCGUCUACCAACUUGACUGAUUCUUUAUCCGUGAUGAUGCAGCAAGGAGCUUAUUCGACUGCCCUCAGUGUCACUAUUGCCAUAGGAUGUUCCCUUUUGGUGCUCAAUGUACUCAUCUUCGCAGGGGUUUACUACCAGAGGGAUAAAAACAAACUCGAUACAAAUAUGUGGAAAAGAAAUUAUCAGGUGAGAAGACCGAACGAAGGAGAUAUGAUACUGGAAGUUCCCACGAAAAACCCUACAAUGGCCCUUCCUACCCACGUAGGGCAGUAUCCUUUAGCUCAAGAUUAUCCAUCCCCUUUGCCGUCCCCUUCCCAAAAGGGGAAUCCUCUGCCACAGAGGAUGUCCCCAAAAGUCGCUUCGGCGUCACCGAAAGAAGCUUUACCAGAAGCCCAACCACUUCUGCCUUAUCCAGGACCUCGGAUGCUAGCUCCAGAAUGGCAGGGUGGCCAGGAAUUGCGAGUGCACUUCAAGGAUACGCGGCAGGAAACUACUGUGUAAUAGGAAGCAUCGACUGGAGACAAAGAGACUUGUAACAUAGAAGCGUUGCAGAAGUUAGUUUCAAAUUUGCAGAGGGGUAAGAGCAUUUUUUUUAUAAACAGUAAACAAUAAAAAUUCCAUACACAGAAUAACCAUUCGUAUUUU